UGAUAAUCGAAUCAAGGGAGAAAGAGGUACAAAAGAUCAUGAUCAACAUUUAUAAAGAAUGAAAGCAAACAGUAUUACUGAUGUCCUCCCUGGACGUGGGCCACGAGACAUGCAGUGCCCACACGCACAUACAACAUCCGGAGUUGUAAACAUUUUUAGCUGUUAUUGUUGUUACCACUACUUUUUUUUUCCCUACAUAAAAACAUAAUGAAUACCAGCCGAGUGAUUCCCUUAACCUGUUCAGGACACACGCGACCUGUAGUCGAUCUCCACUUUUCACCCAUGGCACGCGAUGGAAGAUACUAUUUAAUAUCUGCAUGCAAAGAUGGCAAUCCCAUGCUACGCGAUGGUAUCACUGGUGACUGGAUUGGUACAUUUGAAGGACACAAAGGAGCUGUUUGGAGUGCACGAUUAUCUAAAGAUGCGACCAAGGCAGUGACGGGCUCUGCUGACUUCACUGCCAAGAUCUGGAACACACAGACGGGUAAAGAAGUCCACUCAUUCAGUCACCAACAUAUUGUGCGAACAGCCGAGUUUAGUGAAGACAAUACCAAAAUCGUCACAGGUGGACAAGAAGGCCUUUUGCGUAUCUUUGAUCUCUAUCGACCUGAGGCACACCCAUUGGAAGUACCAGGCCAUGAAGGCACGAUCAAGGCUGUUGUCUGGGACGAGGCUAACCAUGCUGUUCUGAGUGCAGGUGAUGAUGCUACAGUGCGUAUUUGGGACUUACGAACGAUGAGAGAACGAGGCAUGAUUCAGACGAAGCCUGUGUCAACGAUGACCCUCUCGAUGGAUGGGCAAUAUGUGUGCUGGGCGGCAGGCAAGACGGCUAACUUUUGGAAACCGGAUAGUCCAUUAGAAGAUGUAAAAACGAUCGAGACCAAAGAAAAGACAUCAUCUGUUUCACUUCAUCCCGAUCAUCAGAAAUUUGUGGCUGGAAGUGAUGAAGAUUUAUGGGUAAGAAUUUAUGAUUUUAAUACAGCCGAAGUCAAAGAUGUCUAUAAAGGCCAUCACGGUCCUAUUCACACUGUCAGUUAUAGUCCUGAUGGUCAAAUUUACGCAACUGGUUCAGAGGAUGGAACCAUACGUUUAUGGCAAACCGAUCCUAGUCAACCUUAUGGUCUAUGGCAAAAACCUGUUGAAGCUUAAUCUGUGGCCCAAGCGCACGAUAGCCAACUGUAAAGUGUUGAAUAAUAAAGGAGAGAGAACGUCAAGUUUAAUUUUGCACCAAGAAUCCAUAUUCUUCUGUGUUUAUCCUUUUUUAGAAU